AAUAGCAAUUGGAUAGAAUUUGACAAUCAUAAGUCUAAAAAUGAUGAUAAUAGUCAAAAAAAUUACGGCCUUUAUUCGUCUUUCUAUUUUUAUAUGAAGAAAAUUUCUGAUAUAUGCCAAGACAGCAAUGAAAUAUUUGGAAAUGUAUUACAAGAGCUUCAAAUAGCAAAGUCAAACAGAAACAUUGAUGAGAACAUUGUAUAUGAAAUUGCAAAUGAGACAGAAAAACUUUCUGGUGUUUUAAAACAUGUCAAACGGGAAGAAAACAAUAUGAUCACCAAAAUUGAACAAUACUUACAGGAUUCAAAAAACCAACAAAUCGAAGCUGAAAAAAGCAUGGUCAAUCUUCCUGGAAUAUAUCCAACGGAUAAAAAGAAAACAACAAAGCUUGAAGAAUUUAUUGAUCGUGUAUUUCAUAUUUUUCUUCCAACAGUCACUGCUGAUCAUAAUUCCAAUGAUGAAAUAUCAAUUCCAUGCUCCACCAAUUUAGAAAACAGCGCUAACACUGUUAGCAAAGAUAGCAUAAACUCAUUCGAGACAGUUAAGUCAUUGCAAAAUUGUAACGAAAAGGAGCAUGUUAGUCCGUUAUUGAAAGAAUUUGAUACAUUGGAAGCAUUGGCUGUGCAAACAAAAAAUUUAAGCAUCAGAUUUGAAAGUUUCAGAAAAACAGUUGAUAGGUCUGCUAGUUUCUUAUCAACUUACAUAAGAGACCCUAAAUUGAGCGGCUGGAAAUUAAAAGAACCCUUAAAGGAAGACAAGACUACUUUUGAUUCAAUGAUUGAAGUCCAAGCUAUAAACAUGAUAAAUAUCACAAAGGUGCUACAACAAAGUUUUGAUACUAUUGAUAAAGAAGCACGCAAGAACAUUGUGCCUACGCAUUUUAUUUCUGAAAAUCGCUUGUUAAACAUGAGCACAUAA